GUCAUACUAGAUAUGGGAAAUCGCUUUCAGCGAUCAAGAAAAAUCGAUGUCGAAUACUCGAUGCUAGCGUUGGCCUAAAAAAGCCGAAUAUGGAAUGUCGACCUGUCGGCUCCAGAAACCCAAAUAAAAUGAAAAAUGAGAUAUUAAUUCAUCGCUUUUGCUGCAGUACGGACACGUUGUAAAGUGUGAUGCAAUUACAACAUUAGCAAUGGAAAUAUUCCUAGGAUUGGUUUUGGAAAUUACGAAUAUGUGGAAUUUGGAUCCUGCAGUUUGCGUAAAGCAAUAAGAACGUAAUUUCAUUAGUGUUCCCUUGAAAUUCAUUGAGUAAAUAAUCCAACUGAUUAAUUAUCCAUGGUUGUGUAGAAUGUUAAAAUUCGGAAGUUUGAAUUGCAUACACACCGUGUUUGUUUAGUGCUUUAUUAUCAUCUAUUUUGUGAUAAUAAAAUAAACAUUAGUUAACCACUGUUUGCUGCAUAGGCAAUUGUAAACUAUAUACAUCGAUGAUAAACUAAAAAUAGAAAACAUGGGCACGUGUAUUCUGCCGCUAUGUUCGAACUGCAGAGAAAAUAAACCCGAAGGCGUAUCGUUUCAUGGGUAAAAAGCCGUAAAACAAGCCAUCCAUCACGCAGCAUCUUACAAGAGUUUCAAAGUCCGGCGAGUAUGAAGCAAUGCAGUCUCCUUGGAGUGGAACAGUGACAAGGUGUUUGCAUCUAGAUGUCUAAAAUCUGUUUUUUGGGACCCCAUGAUUCAUUUAUUUUUAUGGUAUGGGCGGAGAGGGUUUUCUCAGAAAAUGGUUCUGAAAGAGUGCCUUUAUAAGUUAAAGUGUCUGUGAUAAAUAAAGAUUCCGACUGUCCUGACCUGGCAUAUGAUGGACAAUGACUAUUAUAGGUGGUAGCAACAAUACCAAUGGCAGUUCAAAAGAAACGGAUUUUCAAAGUGUUUGUGGGGAUCCUUAUCGGGAUCCUCGCGUCCCACUUGUCAAAUACUCGUUUCUGCAAAAACGGAGAAAAAAGAAAAGAUUCACGUCCCUUGCAGCUGUUGGGCGUGGAAAAUAUGAGGGCGUUCAACAAGAAUCUGUUGUUUGUUGGGGUUAUGACGGCAGCUAAAUACCUGGAUACUAGAGCAAAAUCCGUAUAUGACACUUGGGCUAGCGAGGUAUCAGGCAAAGUAAUGUUCUUCAGCUCUGAAGGUUCCUACAGUGACCAUGUGCCUUUGGUAGCGUUACCGUUUGUAGAUGACAGCUACCCACCACAAAGAAAAUCGUUCAUGAUGUUGAAGUAUAUCCACGACCAUUAUGCAGAUCAAUACGAGUGGUUUUUAAGGGCUGAUGAUGAUGUAUAUAUGAGAACUGAUAAGUUAGAGGAACUAUUGAGGUCUGUGGAUAGCAGGAAACCAUGGUUCAUCGGUCAAACGGGUAGAGGUAACAACGAAGAAUUCGGCCAGCUGUCCUUAGAUAGCGACGAAAAUUUCUGUAUGGGUGGCCCUGGGAUAAUUCUAAGUAGAGAAACGUUGAAAAGGGUGGCCCCGCAUUUAGAGUUUUGUCUUCAAGAAUUGUACACUACUCACGAGGACGUUGAGUUAGGAAGAUGUGUUAGAAAAUAUGCUGGAAUCUCCUGUACAUGGUCUUAUGAGAUGCAGGUGAUAUUUUAUCACAACCAGAGUGGUGAGUCGGCAUUCAGCAGUGAUCUCAAACAAAAAGAAGUGCAUAGAGCCAUCACUUUGCAUCCAGUCAAAAAGGACAGGCAUAUGUACAGGCUUCACAAGUAUAUCAAAGGUUUGAAUAUCCAAAGGCUGCAGCAGUCUAGUCUAAUACUGCACCGAGACAUGGCCGCUUCAAUGAGUGAACUCGGGUACCACGUUGAUAGUCUGAGCAACGUCGAACUAGCACCAAAUUUGUCGCUGUUUCCUGCUAAAAAAGGCACUCCAGGGUACCUGGGUGACACCAAUAUAUUGGGGGUGCCCACUAAGCUAAACCGGUACACGCCACAUACAUUGGAGAAUGUUCUAGAAUGGGAAAUGGUAUCUAAAACUUUGUACUCGCAUAGAGAUUUGAAUCCUAGAAAAAGGAUAGGAUCGUCUCUGAAAGAAGGACUGAGCGACGUCACGAGAGAGGUCAUGGAACUGAUAAAUUCUUAUUCGAAACAACGAGGACGUGUGAUAGAAUUUAAGGAAAUACUUUACGGAUAUUGGAGGGUGAAUCCCAUUUAUGGAGUUGAUCUGAUAUUAGAUAUGUUGCUAGUUUAUAGAAAAUAUAGAGGGCAUAAAAUGACAGUGCAAGUUAGGAGGCACGCAUAUGUUCAACAGACGUUUACAGGAAUAUUUGUCAGAGAAGUGAGCAAUACUCAUCAUCCAUCCCAGCAUCAACUUUCUGACGCCAAACAUCUGCCACUACAUAAAAAGAUUGUACACGAAAUACUGUCGAAAUUAAACGCAAAAUUGCCACUUUUGGGCAAGUCCGGUGCUGUGAACAAAACAAAUAUCAACUUUAUCCUACCUCUUAGCGGACGAUAUGACGUUUUCAAAAGAUUCUUGGCACAUUACGAGCAAAUGUGCAUUUUACAAGGAGAAAACACUAGUUUGUAUGUAAUUUUGUACAAAGAUGAAAAAUCGCCGCAAGACUUCACAAACUCUUUGAAAUUGGUUGACGAUUUGAAAUCUAGAUACCAACUAGAAAGUGUUAAAGUGGUGACUCCAAAUGACACAUUUUCUAGAGGCCGAGCGCUACAAAUUGGAGUCGAUUUGUUACAAAACGAAGAUUUGAUGCUGUUCAUAGACGUUGAUAUGAUCUUUGACAGAUCCUCCUUAGAGCGAAUACGCAGAAAUACUGUGAUAAAGUCAAAAAUAUACUUUCCUAUAGUGUACAGUCUUUACAAUCCAAGGUUCCUGAACGGACAUGGAAACCUUUCAAGAAUCUCCCAGGAUGUUAUCGACGAAACUCGAGGUUUUUGGAGGCAGUUUGGGUUUGGUAUAGUCAGUCUAUACAAAUCGGACUAUGUUGAUUUAGGAGGAUUCAACUUAGGUAUAAAAGGUUGGGGUUACGAAGACGUUACAUUCUGUGACAACGUAGUGAAAUCGAAUAUGAAAAUUGUGAGGGCUGUGGAUCCUGGCUUGAUCCAUGUGUAUCAUGAUGUGAUGUGUGAUGAACAUUUGGAAAUUGAGCAGAAGACUAUGUGCCUGGGCACCAUGGCGAACACCAUGGGUGCGUUGCGGACGUUACAAAAAGUGUUUUUGGAAUAUAAGAAUUUGUUCAGGUAGCAUCAGAAUAACGUGAUUCACCUAGCAGUUUAGGUACGUCGUAAUAACGUCAUUUUGUGACGUUCAAAUAACUUCAAUUUAUCUAGGCCAAAUACUUUAUUCUAAGACGACAAAGAAACGUCGUUUUAGCUCUACACGUCCACUUUUGGAAUCUCACACUUUUGAGAGUACUGACACUGCUCUUGUCAUAACUGAAGCUCUAAUAGUACUCUUUCCCUCACAAUACAAAAUUACUUAAAAUGACGUAUCUGUGUUGGUUGGUUGUUCAGGUAGCAUAGGAAUGACGUGAUUUACCUAGUAGUUUAAGUACGUCGUAAUAACGUCAUUUUGCGACGUUCAAAUAACCUCAGUCUAUCUAGGCCAAAUACUUUAUUCCAAGACGACAAAGAAACGUCGUUAGCUCUACACGUCCAUCUUUUGGGAUGUCAUACUUUUAGGAACCAGUACGUACACUGCUCUUGUCAUAACUGAAGCUCUGUUGGGUCUCUUUCCCUCACAAUGCAUAAUGACUUAAAAUGACGCUAUUUUGACGUAUAUGUGUUGGUUGGUUGUUAAGGUAGCAUAGAAAUAACGUGAUUUACCUAGUAGUUUAAGUACGCCAUAAUAACGUCAUUUUGCGACGUUCAAAUAACUUAUCAAUCUAUCUAGACCAAACACUUUAUUCUAAGACCUCAAAGAAACGCCGUUUUAGCUCUACACGUUCACUUUUGGAAUCUCACACAUUUGGGAGUUAGUACCGACACUGUUCUUGUCACAACUGAAGCUCUUUUGAUUCUCUAUCCUUCACAAUACAUAAUGACUUAAAAUGACGUCAUUUUGACGUAUCUGUGUUGGUUAGUUGCUCAGGCAGCAUAGGAAUGACGUGAUUUACCUAGUAGUUUAGGUACGUCAUAAUAACGUCAUUUUGCGACGUUCAAAUAACCUCAGUCUCUCUAGGCCAAACACUUCAUUCUAAGACGACAAAGAAACGUCGUUUUAGCUCUACACAUCCACUUUUGGAAUUUCACACUUUUUGGAGUUAUAGCACGUACACUGCUCUUGUCGUAAUUAAGACUCUUUUGGUUAUAUGUCCCUCGCAAUACAUAACGACUUGAAAAGACGCCAUGAAGUAUCUGUGUUUGUUGCUUUUUAAGGUAGCAUAGGAAUAACGUGAUUCACCUAGUAGUUUAGGUACGUCUUAAUAACGUCAUUUUGCGACAUUCAAAUAACCUAUCUAUCCAAACCAAAUACUUUAACACGCCUAAGAAACGUCGUUUUUGGUCUACACGUACACUUUUGGAACAUCUCUGUUUCGGGAGUAUGUACGCUGCUCCUGUCAUAACUCAAGCUAUGUUAGUUCUCUAUAUAACGCUUUGAAAUGACGCCAUUUUGACGUAUCUGCGUUGGUUAGUUGUUCAGGUAGCAUAGGAAUAAAGUGAUUUACCUAGUACGUAGUUUAGAUACGUCAUAAUAACUUCAUUUGCGACGUUCAAAUAACCUCAGUCUAUCUAGAUCAAACAUCAAACACUAUAUUCUAAGUCGGCUAAUAAACGUCGUUUCAGCUCUACACGUUCAGUUUUGGAAUAUUGCAGUUUUGGUAGUUAAUAGGUACGCUGUCCUUGUCAUAACUGAAGCUCUCUUGGUUUUCUCUGGCUAAUAAUACAAAAUGACUUAAAAUGACGUCAUUUUGACGUAUCUGCGGUACUAGAUAUUUUUCUGGUUGACACUUGUGGUUUAUAUUUUCAGCGAUUUAAAUGAAAUGCUUCACGUCUCAUUUUAAAUAGAACACAUUAUGGAAGAGACGCCAAGAUUUGUGCCACAAUUUUUCAUAAUUUAUCUGUAUACCAUUUAAAUUAUGUCGCGAUUUAUUUAAAAUCAAAAACUUUUAUAUGCAAGUACUUUAUGAAAAGAUUUUCAAGUGUUAAGUCUCUACUUUACAGCCUAGGGACGUCUGUAUGCCAUAGGGCGGUAAUAUAACUUUACCGCCCGCUGUGUAUAAAUAAACCCAUGUUAAACACAAUCUAACUGUUACGGGAAUAGUCAAAAUUUUCAACGGAAACCCCGCAUCAAAGCAGGAAAUGUUACGUUAGAAUGUGGUCUUGACCUCAAAGCCAAAGUCCUAUCAAUCUAUCUCCAUAUUUUAUAUGGAAACCCCUCUAUUUGUAUGCCAAAAUGGCAGAAAGCAAGAAAUGUAUUCGGAAAUAAAUUUUAAAAUGGCCUUGAAGGUGCGUCAAGGUCAUCUUUGGUAAACCUUCACAAAGCUCAAAACUGCUGUCCUUGAAGGUCAUGGUGAUGGUCAUAUAGGAUGGAAAAUUUCCUCAUUCUUCCAAUUCCUGUGUAAAAAAAAUAUUCGCUUGACCUUAUAAUGACAUUGAAAGGCUCGGUCGAAGUCACAAUGAAUUUGCACCCUCGAGACCCUACAACAUAUUUGAAACUUAACAAAAUAUUUAGGUGGAGAGAUUAAAAUGGGACACCAUGUAUAGGUCGUUAUUGCAUUCCUCCAUAGGUGGCGUUCACGGCGAGUGCACGUGGCGUGGACCGGCGUACCUAUUUUUAAUGAAAUUGAAUCAGAUUUUUUACGUAAUACCUCUGCGGUACGGUCAUUUUUUGUUUCCAAUUCUACUUAAAAGCUACUGUAGCUUUUUUAUUUUAACCAGUCGUAGAUAAAACUUCAACCUGUGUGAGAUUUAUGAACCAUGAGUGUCAAUUGGGAUUAGGUAUUUUUGACUGUGAUUAUAAUCCAGUGCCUCAUAAUUUGUGACAUAUUUGACGUUUUCCUUUUAGCCUGGAUUAUAUGUUUAUAUAUCUAUGAUAGAUCCUUAGAAACAUUUUUAGUUUUAGAAACUGUUCAGGUAUACUCAUUAGUUUUUAGCAAAGUUCCAAAUAUCUACUGUUAUUUUAUUUAUAUUAGAUAUAUAGGUUUAAGCACCAAAAAAUCACAAUAACGAUAAAGUGCUGCCACAUACUACAUUUGUCUGCCACUGAUAAGGCUUUUAAUUGUGAAUGCUGAUAUUACCCUAUUUCGCAAAUGUAAAAAAUACUGAAUUGAAACUUAUAUCUUGUUGAUGUGCCUUGUAUACAUUAUCCUAUUAUAUUUUUUAUAAAAAUAUAUGUAUACCAUUGUUGAAUUCACACUCAUGUACAAGUUUUUUGGGGUACCGACUAUAUAUUCAUUGCUCUUCCAAAUAUUUUAUGCUGUAUUUUACUUGCCAAUAAACG